AUGGAAGAUAGUACGAAUUCUACUGAUUAUUUUAACCUUAAGAACAUGAAACACAUCGUUGAUGCAUUGGAUCGAAAUCAAAAAGUAUUUCCUAAUAUUCUACAUUGUAUUGGAAACACUCCUCUAGUGAAGCUUUCAAAUAUACCAAAAGAGGAAGGAUUAGAAUGUGACCUUUAUGUGAAAUGUGAAUUUCUAAAUCCUGGUGGAUCUGUAAAGGAUAGAAUUGCCUAUAGAAUGGUGUUAGAUGCUGAGGAAAGGGGAGUUUUAAAACCAGGGAGGUCAGUGAUUAUUGAACCCACUUCAGGAAAUACGGGAAUUGGCUUAGCACUUGCCUCUGCAGUAAGAGGUUACAGAUGUAUAAUAGUACUGCCAGAGAAGAUGUCAGAUGAAAAAGUGAAUACUCUUAUGGCCCUGGGUGCAGAAAUUAUUAGGACUCCUACUGAGGCACCUAGUGAAUCACCUGAAAGUAACAUCAAUGUUGCCAAACGACUUGUUACUGAAAUCCCCGAUGCUGUUCUGCUUGAUCAGUACAACAAUGUAUGCAAUCCCCUGGCUCACUAUGACACAACGGCAGAGGAAAUCCUUUGGUCCUUGGAUGACGAUAUUGACAUGGUUGUUAUAACGACAGGCACUUGCGGUACCGUGUCAGGAGUGGCACAUAAAAUAAAAGAAAGAUGUCCUAAGUGUAUCAUAGUAGGAGUUGAUCCUUACGGCUCUAUUUUGGCCCAGCCAGAAGAACUCAAUACAAGUGAUGUCCAACUGUAUGAGGUGGAAGGUAUCGGUUAUGAUUUCCUACCGCGUGUUCUGGACCGCUCGGUAGUGGACAGAUGGGUCAAAACUGACGACUCAGGGUCCCUGCCAAUGGCCCGAAAACUUAUUCAAAAGGAGGGGCUUCUGUGUGGUGGCAGUAGCGGUGCCGCUGUAUCCGGUGCCGUGCAGGCAGCUAAAACCCUAGGGAGAGGUCAACGUUGUGUAGUCCUGUUGCCCGACAGCAUUCGCAAUUACAUGACCAAGUUCAUCUCCGACCAGUGGAUGGAGGCCCGCGGGUUUCAAGCCACGCCUAGUAAAGAACAUUUGUGGUGGUGGGACAAGCCUAUAAAUGCUGAAUUACUUCAAGAGCCAACAUCGAUAUCAAUCACCACUACGCCCAGCGAAGCUCUAGCGACCUUACGAACGACCGGCAAGGCGCUACUGACCGUCGUCGACGAUAAAGGGUCGAUACGAGGCGUUUUCACCGCAGACGAUGCUCGACGAAGACUGGCCAAUUUCGCAGGUUCCCCUACAGAAGAACUAGCAAAGUUUAUCGUGAAGAAGUAUUAUAAAGUCAACUUGAGUGACGGGCCGUCGCUGGGCUCCAUCUCGAGACUCCUCGACAUAUCUCCGUAUGUCGUUGUCGUGAAGACAGAAAGCACUAUUGAACGAGCGGUGGGAGUGGUGACUUCAGAGGAUAUUCUUCGUUUUAUAGCAAUUGAUGGGAAGCAGAUUAAUGGAAACUAG